AUGGAAGUCUCCCUCACCACUCCAUUGGCGCAUGUCAGGGCAGCCAGCAAUCCCGACAACCGAUCUGAUUCGGCUCAAGUACCCUCUCCCUCCAUUCAGCCCGCCGAUCUUGAAGACACGUCCAAUGUGGACGGUGGGCACCACCGGUCAAACAGUGCUCCGACCACCCGUGACGACGCAGUCUGGCUUCGUCAACAGGUCAAGCGAGGUAAAUACAAGGAGCGAGUGAAAGUACGCCAGGAGUCAGAAUUUGGACCGGAAAACCCACAGAAACAGGUUCAAGGAAAAAAGCACCCCCAGAAGACGGCUGCGGAACUUAAGAAAAUGCACAAUGCCCGCCUGGCAACUGAACCCACGCAGACCACUGCCCGAAAAACUUCCCUGUCGACUGUACAUGCUGAGGCAUCAUCACUCGUUGUCGACCACGAAUCUUCCACUUCAGUCGGAAGUCCAUCGAGUGAUGAAAGUACGGGAACGAGCCGAGCUAUCUCAACCGAUCCGGCAUGUUCUCCAGCCCAGCCACCACCAGCUGUUACUAUGCCAGCAAACAGACGUCUUACUGUCUUUAACUUUAGGCACCUGAAUUUUCAUGCGGAGGAAUCCGAUUCUGAGUCAACAGAACAAGGCUCCGAGGCGAGAAUCGCUGCUAGGGUUGGCAGCCUAGCCACGCCCGGCCUUAUCACGGAGAUACCAGCGGGAGAAACCCCACGGAAAGCUUCAACUUCCUUGAGCCCUUCUCAGACGCCCGACGGUAAAGCAAUGGUGGAAACAGCCGGCAGAUCGGACGGUACGCCUGUUCCCAGUGGUGCUCAAAAGAAGCACUACCACAAAGCGGCCAAGGAGCCAGCGAAAAACUUCCAAGGCAUUUCAGCUGCGAAUCCCGUCAAGCUUCCGGGCCGGGCCGCCCAGAAAUACCGGCCACACAAGGCGAGAGAAGCUGCUGCGCUUAAUGCAGCCCGUCAAGCUUCCUCUGCUGAGGAUACUGAAAUCCUUUCGAUCGAGUGUGCUAUGUCAAGCUGCCACAACGAGUGCCGCCUUUGGGAUAAGCUAGUUUGUAUCUGUCCUUAUUGUGGACCUUUGGCGGCAGUCCGAUAUUGCUCAAAGGAACACCUCCGAGAGGAUGUCAAGCUCCACUGGCCCUGGUGCGGGAAGCUGAUGGUGGAUCGGCCUCUCAAAGUGCAUUCCAUUCCGGAUGAUGUUAUGGCUGGUCCCCCUGCGAUCCCAUGCAUCGACAAUUGGAGCCACCCUGCGCGUCAUCGACAGUCUAUCUGGUUCAGCACCAGUUUCAUAGAAGGUGAUUACUUCAUCUUCGCGGACCAUGAGGAUCGAUUUGCCACACUCCCGGGGGAGGUCGAGGUGCUCUGCUCGCCACGUGUGUUGCAAGCAAUUCGCUGGAACCAUCCCGCCGAGAGAGACCAGUUCCGCCGUUGUCUUGCAGUCUGCCUUCUCGCCUCGGUUCAGGUCCAGAGCCUGGUUAACUUUCUCUACAAGAUGAUUCGCGAUUACCUCCGGAUUCGGCAUCUUUGGACGGGCAAUAUGGACGAGAUUGUCCAAGACCAGCUUUUCCGCGAGACAGGCGUCAAAGUUCUGAUUUCUUACAGCCAUGCAUGCCCCACCGAAUGGAAUGGUCUCCCUCCGAAGCAUUGCCUCGAUCGCCAAUGCAUAGCUGAUCGCAAACAGUGGUUGGGUGAUUGGGGCUGGGGUCGUGGUUUCGAACGCCUUUGCCAGUUCAUGGAGGCCCAGUAUUGGAUCCUCCGUGCGAAUCGAACCACCCACCCUGAUUGUCAAUCUCUUCAAGGACGAAUCUGCGGUGUAGGAUACGGAGAAUGGGUCCCUCGACAGGACCGGCGAUUUUUCCGUCGCGGCGAGGGUUGGGAUGGGGAGGGUACCGGCCCCAUGGAGAUCGAGGGUCCAUACUGA